AUGGAUUCUGAGUCGCUUGGGAAUCGUAACUUUUACACUCUUCCGAAACGCGAUCACUCGGCCCGUCCGCCGCUGAAUUCUUCCGCCACUCCCGAAGAACUCAUCGAACUCGUCAGAGAAAACGAAAUCGGAAAGGAUCAUUCUUUCGUUACAGCGUUCGGAAAAAGAAGCAUCGUCUACUGUGAUCAUACUGCUUCAGGAAGGCCGCUAGAAUUUAUUGAAAAUUUCAUCAGUCAACAGGUUCUGCCAACAUAUGCCAACACUCACACGACUUCUUCGAUCACCGGUUUGCAGUCAACCCUUUACCGCCACGAAGCAAGAACAAUUGUUCGAAAUGCUCUCAAAGCAUCAGAAAACGACGCCGUUAUUUUCACCGGGAGCGGUUCAACUGGUGGCAUUCAACUUUUAAUUUCCGCGAUGGGUCUAUCAACUCCGCCGGUCGUUUUCGUCGGCCCAUCGGAGCACCAUUCCGCCGAGUUGCCGUGGCUCAACGCGAAUUGCCACGUCGAGCGAAUUCGCGAAAAUCAGCUCGGUCAGCCAGAUUACGACGAGCUUGAUUUCAAACUUCAGAAAUGGUCCUCGACUGGCCUUCCCUUGAUCGGUUGCUUUUCGGCGGCGAGCAAUGUUACUGGUAUUUUGUCGGACACAAUCAAGCUCGCGCAAAUCAUGCACAAAUACGAUGGAUUGGCGAUUUUCGAUUAUGCAACAGCUGCGCCCUAUGUUAAAAUUGACAUGCACCCGAAAGAGCCAAACUCUUCCAAAGACGCAAUUUUCUUCUCCCCACACAAGUUCCCCGGCGGCGUGAACACUCCUGGAAUUCUAGUGGCAGCCAAAAAGCUUUUCAAAAACAAAGUUCCUCACGGGGGCGGCGGUGGCGGAACUGUCUUUUGGGUCUCUCAAGAGAACCAUCGUUUUCUGGCAGAGGCUGAAGAGCGGGAAGAACCAGGCACUCCAGAUCUGGUAGGAUCAAUCAGGUGCGGCAUGAUCAUGCAACUCAAGGAAUCAAUCAGUUCUGAUGUUAUUUUCUCGCGAGAAGAAGAAAUUGCAAAGAAAGCCCUUUCCGUCCUGAAUUCUAUCCCGAACUUGGAAGUUCUCGCUGGAGAGAUCGCCGAUCGCCUACCAAUCUUUUCCUUCAUGAUUCGCGUCCCCGAUAGCGACCUGUACUUGCAUUACAACUACGUCUCCGCCCUCCUAAACGACUUGUUCGGAAUUCAAGUGCGCGGCGGCUGCGUUUGCGCUGGCCCUUAUGGAAUGGAACUGAUCGGCAUGAGAACGGAGAAAGACUCGUCUUUGGUGCAGAGAUUUGAAAAGAUUCUCUUGGAGGACUCGCGGCUGGACAGAAUUCAUUUAAGAAGGGCAAGGGAAUCGUCAGAGUUUGAAAUUCUUCGGCCAGGAUUCGUCAGAUUUUCGUUGCCGUAUUUCUUUGAAGACUCACUUGUUGAUGAAGUUUUACAGUCCAUAAAAUGGGUUGCAGAACACGGCUGGAAGCUACUGAGCCACUACGUCUUCGACUGCGAAACCGGCGAAUGGAAACACUCCCUGAACCUCUCGUACUCCGAUCGUCGCUGGCUCGGCGACAUCCGCUUCUCGAAAAGCGGUGUGGAAGUGAAAGAACCUACUGACGCGAAUAAAAUAAACGGAACAGAUUGCAAGACGCUCAAAGAAGCGCUCGAAGCAGCGGAGAAGAUUGCUCAGAAAAACCGACCAAAAGCUGGUCAAUCGGACCAAAGCACUGGUUUCCAAGGAGAGGCGCAUGAGCUCAGGUGGUUUUUGUUGCCUUCAGAGGCGCGGGACUUGCUGAGGAAGAAUAAACUUUUUGAUAACUUGAAGAAAUCGCCAUUUGUUGUCCGAAAAUCUAUUCCAAAGAAUAAUUACGAGUCAUAUGAGCUCGACUCCAAGUUGGUGGAAAAAUUGAAAAAAGUGUCCAGCUGGUCGAAGUCGGUGAUAAAAGCCGAGCCGGAGAAGAAAAAUGAGCUAAAGAAGGAAAAGACUAAAAAUGCGGAGAAGCGAAAGAAUGAAAAAGUUGAAGAGCAAGAAUGCACAGAUGAUGUCUGUGUUCCUUGCUUGCUGCCCAGGAAGAAGAAAGCUAAAGUAGAAAAUGGCGCGUCAAAUGGCGAAAAACGAAAGAAGCGGCGACCGAUUCAUCCGCCAAAAGUGCUGAUGCGAAAAGUCGGUGACGCGAUCGAAGAAUUCGAAAUGAUCAAAAACGGAGACCGAGUUAUUGUCGGACUCUCGGGGGGAAAAGACUCGAUGACGCUGAUUCACGCGUUGUUGCAAUAUCGUCAUAUCGCGAGACAUACGUUGAAGAUGGACUUUACCGUUGGUGCGUUGACAGUAGACCCACAAGUGGCAUCUUACGAUCCUUCCUCGCUGAUUGAAUAUAUGGAAGAAUUGGGAGUAGAAUACAUUUACAAAGAAGAGCCAAUUUUUGCAAACGCACAGAAGCUGCCGGAUUUGAGAUCGAUCUGCAGCUACUGUAGUCGAAUGAAAAGAGGAAUCAUGUACUCGGCGAUGAGGGAAGGCAAAUGGAAUGUUCUAGCGCUUGGACAACAUUUGGACGAUUGUGCGGAGAGCUUUCUUAUGUCGGCAUUUCACAACUCUCAGUUAUUCACGAUGAAAGCGAAUUAUACAGUAAAAGCCGGGGAUUUGCGCGUCAUAAGGCCGCUUGCAUUUGUUCGUGAAACGGAAACAAGGGCCUUUGCCGAGAGCAACAAGCUGCCUGUGAUUCCAGAAAACUGCCCUGCUUGUUUCUCUGAGCCAAAAGAGCGAAACCGAAUGAAGCAGCUUCUAGCGCAGCAGGAGAUUCUCCACCCGCAUCUAUUCCACUCGCUAAAGAAGACUCUUAGACCGCUGCUUGGAAUGUCGAUUGGAGAACAUUUUUCGAAAGACAACAGAACGGAAGAAGGCAAUGGCGCUGGUACUAGCACUGUAGCUGAUGUAUGUAACCCUGAUGAUGAGUAA